AUGUUACCUAGGAUUCUUAAUUCCCAGUUGGUCGAUAACCUCUCUGAGCCAUUGAUCACUUACCUGGUAUCCUGGCGUCGUCGCCUUAGUGAACUGCUAGAAUCCGCCUGUCCACGCACCCGACAACAUCCAGGCGACUCGACCGGCCGUGAAUUCGGCGUUGGCGGUAUUUUUGCCUCAGCCAUCCAAUGGGCAUCCUCAACCGCCUCUUCAGAUCCCCUCUCCUCGGUUGUCAACAGUUGCUCGAUUGGUCCCGAUGGCGUUAGCCAUACCAUUAAGAUUUCUUCUACUGCCACAAAUACAAUUUCCCCAUCCUCUACUUUUAGUGGCCCGCAAGAAUCAUCCAAAUGGGACGCCUGGCUGGACUGCUUUUCGUUGUCGGCCGACCGACAGAAAGCUCUUCAAUCGUCCGAUACUUGUCCGAAGCGUCACUCCGCUCGUCUAUUACUCGAAGUUAUUGAUACUAGCCUGCUCAAGUGUUAUCUUGCCACCAAUGCAGCUCGAGUAGGCCCCCUGCUGCGCUGUCGUAAUUAUUGUCAUCUGGGAGAGUCAGAGCGCGUUCUUACAGAGUACAUGCAAUACGAGGAUCUUGUAGUUCUUUAUCAGACUCGAGGACUCCAUGAAAAAGCUCUUAGCCUAUUACGGCUUCUUGGCGAAGCUCGUCUUGCUAAACGGUCAGCUGUUUGGAAAUCACGCCAGUACAAUGAUUUCUGUCGUGAUGGUGAAUUAAGCAGCUUAUCCAACUCCAAUCUUCCAUCGGAUUCGGGGUGGAAGUAUACAGAUAGCUCUCUUUCAAGUUCAUUCACAGGUCAUCCUGGGUGCAUUGUGAAAGUAGAAGAGAUGGAUCAGGCUGAGACUAUUCCAACCACUCGUCAGGCUGUCUUGGAGCGUAUUUCACGACCUGCAUACACCGUGGCUUACCUGCGAGGUCUGGGUCCCGAGCAUUUCCGGCUGGUCGCCGAGUACGCCGGAUGGAUACUUGGAGCCCGACCAGCUGCAUGGAUGCGUAUUUUCUCUGCUUGGGAACGCGCAGUCAGUGAACAGCGCUGUGAGCUCAAUAAAUCCACAAACUCUGGUAUUUAUACCAUUUUUAUGUAUUUCCGUUUUUGUAAUGUCAAAUCGAACUCUUCUAUCAUUUGCUCUUAUGCACAGACGUUGUUAGGUACCGUUAUUACGACGGGGCAAAAUUUAGCAGAAACCUUAACAGACUAUGCGAAAUCCCUAAGCUAG